AGGGCAAGGAGAGAGCUCACUCGAGAAUCUCACUCUCCUGGAAACUCACCCAGAACCUCCACCCUCCGACACCAUGUCCUGUUGUGGCUCCGUCUGCUCUAACCAGGGCUGUGGCUCCUGCUGCUGCCGCCCCACCUGCUGCAUCUCUAGCUGCUGCCGCCCCUCUUGCUGUGGCUCUUGCUGCUGCCGCCCCUGCUGCAGACCUAUCUGCUGCAUUUCUAGCUGCUGCCGCCCCUCUUGCUGUGGUUCUUGCUGUGGCUCCAGCUGCUGCCGGCCCUGCUGCUGCCGGCCCUGCUGCUGCCCCUGCUGCUGCCUCCGCCCAGUCUGUGGCCAGGUCUCCUGCCACACCAACUGCUAUCGCCCCACCUGUGUCAUCUCCACCUGCCCCCGCCCCAUGUGCUGUGCCGUCUGCUGCUGCCAAACCACCUGCUGCCGCCCCAGCUGCUGCCAGACCACCUGCUGCCGCCCCAGCUGCUGCCAGACCACCUGCUGCCGCCCCAGCUGCUGCCAGACCACCUGCUGCCGCCCCAGCUGCUGCCAAACCACCUGCUGCCGCCCCACCUGCUGUGGCUCCUGCUGUGGCUCCAGCUGCUGCAGGCCUACCUGCUGCAUCUCCAGCUGCUGCCGCCCCUCUUGCUGUGGCUCCAGCUGCUGCGGCUCCAGCUGCUGCCGGCCCUGCUGCUGCCCCUGCUGCUGCUUCCGCCCAGUCUGUGGCCAGGUCUCCUGCCACACCAACUGCUAUCGCCCCACCUGUGUCAUCUCCACCUGCCCCCGCCCCAUGUGCUGUGCCGUCUGUGACUGCUGA